UCAGACAUUCGGAACUGGAUUCGCAACAUUGAACAGCAUGCUUCUGAUAAUGUCAACAAGAUACUGGUAGGGAACAAGGCUGAUAUGGAUGAAAGCAAAAGGGUUGUGCCAACCUCUAAGGGCCAAGCACGUGCACAUGAAUAUGGCAUUAAAUUCUUUGAAACGAGUGCAAAGACAAAUCUUAAUGUUGAGCAAGUCUUCUUUUCAAUAGCUAGGGAUGUAAAGCAAAGGCUCACUGACACUGACUCCAGGGCAGUGCCUCAAACUAUCAAAAUCAAUCAACCGGAGCAAGGGGCUGCAGGUGGUCAGCUUGCGCAAAAAUCAGCUUGCUGCGGUUCUUAAACGAACAAGUUAUUGCAGGAGCAAUGGUAACGUAUUGGAGGCUACUCUUCGGAGAAAACUAGAAUGAAAGAACUAAUUAUGAUGGCAAAUAUAAUGCGUACUUGUAACUUUUUCUGAAAGUCAAUUCUUUCCAAACUUGUUUUAGUAUGCAUUACAGCUGGAUUUGGAUUUGUUUACAAUCAGUGUUUUGAAGGAGUUUUUAGAAAAAACCUAGUAAAUCUAGUUGUAGUGAUAGAC